GCAGGGCCAGGGCGGACCGGAGCCAACUGCCGGGCCCCCUCUCCGCUGCCCGGCGCCGCGGAGCCCCGGCCGCGCCCCGCGCCCAGACCGCUCUCCUAUGGGGUUGACCUGGGGGCGCAGGGGUCGGGGGCUGAGCCUGGCCCCGCCCCCGGGCGCACACGACGCUGGGGGGCGACUAAGGGGGCCCUGGUAUGGCGUCCGAGCGAGCGGCGGCCGGGGGACGCGAUCGCCUGGGGCCGUGGAAGGGGCGGCGCUCACUCCCCCUUUGAAGGGUUAAUUCUGCAGCCUAAUGUCCCCCUCCCCCCGUGGGGCAGGUUGGGGGUGGGGUGGGGCGGGUGUGAGCCCGGGCAAGCGCUGCAAGCUGCUGGGAGGGCGAUGGCGUAGGAGCCAGGCAGAGAGGGGGAGGGGUGGGCCGCCUAGCGCCCCAGAGUUGGGGUGUGCGGGGUGCGCAGGGCGAGCUGGGGCCCCGGAACCGCCGCGCCGUCGGGGCAGGGUUGUGGCUGUGAGUCUUGGAGAUCGUGUGUCUCCUGCUGUGUGGUGGGGCAAGAAGGAAGAGGCCCAGCAGAAGGGACUCGCUGAGCCACCCCCCGCCCCACUCCAUGUUGGCUGUGCUCUCAGGCUGGCACCAUGCCCCCUCCUGCAGAGGUGACGGACCCGUCUCAUGCCCCCGCCGUCCUGCGCCAGCUCAAUGAACAGCGGCUCCGUGGCCUCUUCUGUGACGUCACCCUCAUAGCCGGAGACACCAAGUUCCCUGCUCACCGCAGCGUCCUGGCUGCUUCAAGUCCCUUCUUCAGAGAGGCCCUGCUCACUUCGGCCCCACUGCCCCUCCCACCAGCUACAGGGGGCUCCGCACCCAACCCUGCCACCACCACAGCUGCCUCUUCCUCCUCCUCCUCUUCCUCGUCUUCUUCCUCUUCCUCCUCCUCUGCUUCCUCUUCUUCCUCCUCUUCCUCUUCCUCUCCCCCUCCAGCCUCUCCCCCUGCUUCUUCCCCGCCCCGGGUCCUGGAGUUGCCAGGGGUCCCAGCAGCUGCGUUUUCUGAUGUCCUCAACUUCAUCUAUAGCGCCCGGCUCGCACUGCCUGGUGGUGGAGGGGACGGGGCAGCUGUAGCAGAGAUUGGAGCUUUGGGGCGCCGUCUGGGCAUCUCCCGCCUUCAGGGCCUGGGAGAGGGAGGUGAUGCCUGGGUACCUCCUACCCCAGCCCCCAUGGCCACCUCGCAGCCUGAAGAGGACAGCUUCGGGCCCCGGCCCAGGCCAGCUGGGGAGUGGGAGGGUGACAGGGCUGAGGCCCAGGCCCCUGACUUGCAGUGCUCCCUACCCCGGCGGCCCCUCCCCUGCCCCCAAUGUGGAAAAAGCUUCAUCCAUCCCAAACGGCUGCAGACCCAUGAGGCCCAGUGCCGACGAGGGGCCAGCACUCGGGGGUCUACAGGGCUGGGAGCCGGGGGCGCUGGCCCUGGUGGUCCUGCAGGGGUGGACGCCUCAGCCCUGCCUCCACCGGCGGGCUUCCGAGGAGGCCCCGAGCACGUGGUGAAGGUGGUGGGCGGCCACGUGCUGUAUGUGUGCGCAGCUUGUGAGCGUUCCUAUGUGACCCUGUCCAGUCUGAAGAGACACAGCAAUGUACACUCGUGGCGGAGGAAGUACCCCUGCCGCUAUUGCGAGAAAGUGUUCGCCCUGGCGGAGUACCGCACGAAGCAUGAGGUGUGGCACACGGGGGAGCGCAGGUACCAGUGCAUCUUCUGUUGGGAGACCUUUGUCACUUAUUAUAACCUGAAGACCCACCAGCGAGCCUUCCACGGCAUUAGCCCGGGCCUCCUCGCCAGUGAGAAGACACCCAAUGGAGGCUACAAGCCCAAGCUCAAUACACUCAAGCUCUACCGCCUGCUCCCCAUGCGGGCAGCCAAGCGGCCCUACAAGACCUACAGCCAGGGAGCCCCAGAGGCCCCCCUUUCUCCAAGCCUCAACACACCGGCCUCCGUGGCAAUGCCAGCCAGCCCGCCGCCUGGGCCCCCACCUGCCCCAGAGCCUGGCCCUCCACCCUCUGUCAUCACUUUUGCCCACCCAGCCCCCUCUGUCAUUGUCCAUGGGGGCAGUAGCAGUGGUGGAGGGGGGAGUGGGACGGCCAGCACAGGAGGGUCCCAAGCCGCCUCGGUUAUCACUUACACUGCUCCCCCGAGGCCACCCAAGAAACGAGAAUACCCACCUCCUCCCCCUGAGCCUGCAGCCACACCUACCAGCCCAGCCACAGCAGCCAGCCCGGCCACCGCUGCAGGGCCAGCCACGGCCACCACCACGGAGGAGGCCAAGGGCCGGAAUCCACGGGCCGGAAGGACUCUGACUUACACAGCCAAGCCAGUGGGCGGGAUUGGUGGAGGUGGGGGUGCUCCCGCAGGGGCUGGCCGGGGCCCCUCUCAGCUGCAGGCUCCACCUCCACUGUGUCAGAUCACUGUGCGAAUCGGGGAGGAGGCCAUUGUCAAGCGCCGCAUCUCAGAGACUGACCUGCGUCCUGGGGAGCUGAGCGGAGAGGAGAUGGAGGAGAGUGAGGAUGAUGAGGAGGAGGAGGACGAAGAGGAGGAGGAGGAUGAGGAGGAAUCAAAGGCUGGUGGGGAGGACCAGCUCUGGAGGCCCUACUACUCCUACAAGCCUAAACGCAAGGCUGGAGCUGCUGGAGGUGCCAGUGUGGGGGGAAGUGGGCCGCCCCGAGGCCGCCGGCCACCACGCUGGAGGCAGAAGCUGGAACGGAGGAGCUGGGAGGAAACCCCAGCAGCGGAGAGCCCAGCGGGACGUGCCCGCACAGAGCGGAGGCACCGCUGUGGGGACUGUGCCCAGACCUUUGCCACCCUGAGAAAGUUGCGAAAGCACCAAGAGGCCCAUGGUGGGGGCUCCCACAGCUCCCGGGCCGGACGGAGGCCCUCCACCCGCUUUACCUGCCCCCAGUGCGCCAAGGUGUGCAAGACCGCAGCUGCCCUGAGCCGUCACGGGCAGAGGCAUGCUGCUGAGCGGCCCGGGGGCACCCCAACUCCUGUCAUUGCCUAUUCCAAGGGCAGCGCUGGCACCCGGCCCGGGGAUGUCAAGGAGGAAGCCCCCCAAGAGAUGCAAGUCUCCUCAUCCAGCGGUGAGGCAGGCGGCGGGAGCACUGCUGCUGAGGAAGCUUCCGAGACCGCCUCACUCCAGGACCCUGUCAUCUCAGGGGGUGAGGAACCCCCAGUGGUGGCAGGCGGGGGCAGCUAUGCAUACCCACCUGUGCAGGAAUUUCCACUGGCCCUGAUUGGGGGCGGCCGGGAACCUGGUGGUGGCAGGGGAAAAUCUGGGAGUGAAGGGCCAGUGGGAGCUGGUGAGGGGGACCGGAUGGAGGGGAUAGGGGCUGCCAAAGUCACUUUCUACCCUGAGCCCUACCCGCUCGUCUACGGCCCCCAGCUCCUUGCCGCCUACCCUUACAACUUCAGUAACUUGGCCGCUCUCCCAGUUGCUCUCAACAUGGUCCUACCUGAUGAGAAGGGUGGGGGGGCCCUUCCCUUCCUACCAGGGGUCUUUGGCUACGCAGUGAAUCCUCAAGCAGCACCCCCUACCCCGCCAACACCACCUCCCCCAACUCUUCCUCCACCAGUUCCCCCUAAGGGAGAAGGGGAAAGGGCAGGGGUUGAGAGAACCCAGAAGGGUGAUGUGGGGUGAACCUUGGGGCUCAAUCCCCCUUUCACCAGAUGCCACCCUCCCUGAACCCCCCACCACUACCAGCUCCCUGGCCUCCCUGCCCCUUGGGAGCCCCUCCACACUCUUGUGCAGGGACUUGGGGGCCCCUGGAGCUCAGGGGUCAGGCUGCUUUGUGUGAGAUUGUAGUUUUCCCAUCUCCUGGGAAGGGAUCUUUCGAGGUUCCCCUCUCAAUCUUCCUCCAGGGAAUGGCCUCCAUGAGGGGCAGGGCCAGCUUCCAUCCCUUCUCCAGCCCUUGGGGCAACUGAGCAAUAUACUUAACCUGAAUCUCUACUCACGGCCCCCACCAGCUCUGAAUGUCUAACCUGCUCCCCUGAUUCGUAAACCUAGGGGGAAACCAUCUCUCUCUCCUAAUGACCCCCCUUGUUCUGAAGCUUUCUCUAAGCCCUUCCCAGAUGCUUCCUAGCACAUUCCAUUCAUUGUGGCCCAGGGCCUGGACCAGACCAUUGUGAUACCUGACCCCACCCGCCUGGGAGUGUGGCUUUGGGUUCCAUCCUUCCCAAGCGUGGGUCUCUACGUCCCUGUUUCCCUUGCAUCAAGACGCCUUCCUUGGUUUCCAUGCCUUUGGAUCUUCCAUGUUCCUCCCCAUAUUCCUGGACUUCGGAGAUGGCCUCUCCCAAGCCAGGUCAAGGAGGUGUGGGGGAGGGCUGCCCCUCUGUUCUGUGGCUGAGCACUUUCCCAGUCCAGGGCAGGGAAGUAUUGGCCCUAUCUUGACCCCCAAAUCCAGUGAGCUCCAGAUUCUUCCAAGGCAAAAGAGGUGAGCAGAUCACACCUCUUUCUGCCUCUACAUAUGGCCUAUUCUGGGCUAAACCAGAUUUGGGGGCCAGGAGGGAAGAACUCCAAAUGGGAUGGAGAAGGAAAUCUACUUUCUCCCUGUUUUUUUUUCCUGAUGGUUUCUCCCAGACUAGACCAAAUAGCCAGAAAAAUGAUAGGGGUGGGAUGGGUGGGUAAGCCCAGGAUUUGCACAUGACCUUCCAUCCUUACCUGUAUUCCCAUCUCCCCAGUGUCACUCCCCUCACCAGUCACUCCAGAUGGUUUUUGGGGAACCAUUCUACUCUUCUGGUGGGCUUUGGGGUAUCCCCACCAGCUUUCCCUUCAAAAUAGCACCUUACACCCCAUCUUUGACUCAGUUCCCCUCACCCAAAGAUCCCAGCCUAGGGAUGGGGUACAGGGACUUUAAAUAGUCCCUAAUCCCUAAUUUGCACUAGUUAACCCUGGUCAGGGGUCCCUGUAUUUCCUUCCAGUGGGGGAGAUGAAGAAAUGUUUGCUCCUAAUUCUCUUUGAAAACUGGGCCUCCCUGCUCUGUGAUUGGAUAAACGUUUCCCAUCCCACCCACCUCCCCCCAGAAAAUAGCUCACAAGGGGAGAGCCAGUUUGGGGGAGCAAAUUUGACAAAUGGGAAUUAGAGGAGUGCAGUUUUAAAAGGAAAAGUUGUUGUCAUCAAAAUGGCAGCCUUUUCCCCAGCUACUGUUUUUGGGGCCAAGAUGGCUGCCCUAGCAGCAAUCACUGCCAAGGGCAAGAUCAUGGCUUUUGGAGGGAGGUGAGUUUAGGGAGGGCCAGGACCAUCCUCCUACCCCUCAUACCCUCCCAGCAUAUACAAAGGGGGAGGUUUUAGACAGGCUCCCUGAAUGUUAACCACAGAGGAGUCACUCCUUCAUUCCUCCUCUGUCUCUUUGCACUUUUCUUGGUCUUGGCCACAGCCUGAGUGAUGAAUUUCCUACUGAAUGUACCAAGUUCCAAUUUUUAAGGGGGGGAAGUUUCAAAUGGGGAAAAAAUGCAAAAAAAAAAAAAAAAAAAUUCACUAAAAAUUCCCACAAAUCUUGUUUCUGGCACUUUAGAAAAACUGCAAAAAAAUACAUAAUAAAGAAUACAUAUAUAUAUCUACACACAAAUUAUAUAUCUAUCUAUCUAUACAGCGGAACCACAAGAGAGACUGAGGAAGGCCUGGAGGCAAGGGCAGAGGUUAUGACAGUGCCCCUAUAUCCUUAACCCGUACUCCUCUGAGGCAAACAGGCAUGGGAAAAUGGAAGGGUUGAGGAUGGACCGGAGAAUUGGAACUUCAGAAUAGGUCAAAAUUCCAAAACCAUGGACUUUUUUUUGGGAGAAUUGAGAUUGUAGACAUUUAUUUUUUUUUAAAUAUGAUUAAGGAAAAUAGCUUCCAGAAUGUGGUGGUUCUGGGCAACAAAUGAGAUUGUGGCGACGUGGAGAUUAAAAUAUAUGUAUUUGAACUGGGGAAUUUGAAUAUUGUGAGUUUCAGAUGUUGGAAAUUUGGGAUUUUGCAGUUUUGUCUUUUGAAAAUGAUCAAGUCUUGUUAGUUCGUGCCCUCUUUCCCCAUGUUCCCUGGGAAGAAGGGUGGUGGCAGAGUGGGAAGGCCACUGGUUCUGUGCCACAGCACGCAAGAUUUAGAAUUCUACAGACUCUAGCUCUCUACGUAGUGAGGACCCAGAUUUAGAGAAACUGACCAAUAUUUAUCUCCGCAUUUGUGUGUGUGUCCAACUCUGUAGGCCAAUAAACCAACAAGACAAAUGAACUGUGCUCCA